AUGCUGCGCAGGUUUGAGAUGACGGACGCCACAGCCCUGUGGUACACCACAUUCGACGAGAUCCUGCACGGCGCGCGCGCCGACGAGGGAAUUCUGCUGCAUUUGGACCACUCGCACUUCUUCUACAAGUUCCGGAAGUUCGUGAGCGCGGGCGGAUAUCCGCAGCUGCACCGCGUGCGGGAGUGCGUCAUAGGCGGCGCUCCCGUCGGCCUGUUUGCGCGCCGCGGAAACCCUCUGCUGCCGCGCCUCAGCCAGCUGCUCAGCCGCGCCUCGCAAGCA